ACUCGCCUUACUUGUUCUAGUAACUUUCAACUUCAACUAUACAGAAAAGUUCGCCACUGUGGUUAACAUCUUUGCAGCUGUGUACAAAAAGCAUGAAGCAACAACAGCAGCGAACCUCGCUCCGGGCCGCUGCUGGUCCUCGGUUUCGGCUGCCUCUACUGGUUAAUAUCCUACCGUUGCAACCGCUUUUAUUUAACAGCUUGUUGCUUCUAGGAUCGUCAUGCGUUGUACAGUUUUUUCUACCCAGCGCCGUGGAGGUUUCCGCAUCCCAUGUUCGGCGUCGUUCUCGAGAGGCCGAUUAUAGUCUUUCUGAAACAUCAGAAGAAGACUCUGAGCAAGAAGAAGACUACUCCUCUUCCGGCUCGGAAGACGACGGGGAGUACUAUCGUCAGGUGGUCCGCGCAAUUUCUUCCAGGGACAUCGGUAGACAACCACUAUCCCUCGUUCUCACGCGGAGGAAUUUGCAGCCAGGGGUAGUUCUUCCGGGGGCACAGCAGCUCGCCCCAAGUCCACCGUCUUCUUCUUCUUCUAGCGGUUUGGUCAGCAGCGUGCCUGAGGACCACUACUACAGCGACGGGAGCGGUCCAGUCCGUAGCGUGCCCGAGGACCACUACAGCGAGGGCGGGGAGCAACGUAGUACUGAUAGGAGCGAAAGCGAAUUGUAUACUGGUUCUACUUCGAGCGAAGAAGGUCGGAGUCGGAGUCGCAGUAAGUCGUUUUCAUCCACUACUAGUCGGGAUAGAAGCCAUCGUCGGGGACGAGGUCGGAGUGGAAGUGGUAGUCGAGCCUCAAGUCGUAGAGCCCGUAGCGCUUCGUCUGGUCGUCGUUAUACGAGCCGACAGCGUGGGGAUGAAAUAAGAAAAUCGAAAUCCGCACCUCGUACUACUAGUACCCCCGCCGCGCCAGCCAUGAUCGUCUCCGCUCCUGGGACGAUGAUUCUCCAGGGAACUACACAGGAUCAGUAUCAACAACCGCACACUGGACCAGGGCACCAGGUCUUGGGUUUCCCGGAUAAUUUGAAUUUUUUCCCGGUGCAAGUUUCCAAGUUCCUCACCAAAAACGAGAAUAAAGAGUUCUGCAACGGUUUGAACGGAGUCGACGGGGGUGCCUUUUUGCAGCGUAAGCUGUCGCACGAACAGGAAAUUGAAGUGAACUAUGGGCUGGUCCGGCAUUUGGUACAAAUCCAGCACGACCCGUUUGGCGCGUUGCUCGGAGCCCAUCGGGCGGAAGAGUUCCUUCGGAACGAGGAAAAAGCGAUUGCCAAUAAUUACUACAAUGCUCAGGCUGCGCACCUGUUUCGCUUUCUGCGCGACCGAGAUUUGGUGAGAGGACAGGGGAACCCUCGUCAAAGCGGGGGGCACAGAAAUACUGCGAGGAAGAAGAUCAUGAAGAGGAUUCGGGCAAGAUACACGUCACUUUUGGAGAAUGUCCGGAACCAGUGGGAGUGGCGUCUGCUGGAGUCCAGCAAGAACAACAACUCCCGUCGCUCUACCAGGGUGGAAUUGUUGCAGCGCUUCCGGUCCCGGGAGCGAAAUUUGCAACACCGGCAUGCUCGGUGUUUGCACAAGGAUAACCCGGGUGGGCGAACAAAAUACUCGAGCUGGUGGUUUCAGUCCCAAAAAUUUUCACAUGCGCGAACUGUACAAGAACUGAUCAUGUCAGAAGUUGCGAAUCCGGCGGAUGAAGGGGAUAGAAUCAGGUUCAAAGAAGAUAACAUGCUGUGGCUACCGGCUUUUCUUUUGCCGCGGAUCAGCCAUGCGGCGUGGACCGACAUGCUGUUACCAGGACCACGACAGGAAGAUGCGGCGAGGUGGUCUCCUACUCUUGGUACUACUAGUACUACACCGCUAGGUGAAGACCACUUCUAUCAGGGAACUACAAAAACGUCUGAGUACGACGCUUUUUGCGCCCAACUGUUUGACGCAUUCUCGGCGCACAAGCAACACGACGAGGAACAAGAAAAGCUCCUGGCCGACGCCUUUGCGUCUUCGCUGACGUUAUCACCAGCAUCAUAUCCUGCGUGGUCAUCUGCACAUCAGGAAAUAAGAACACCGCAAAGCUCUUCCACGUGGAGGUCCGGCUUUGUUGGUACUGGCGCAGCUGCCAGCUCGACUGCAGGAGCGGGCCCAAGGAACAAUAAUUCCACUGCUCCACAACAUGCCGGAGUACAACAUAACCUUAACCCGCAAGAACAUCAAGAAGUGGAACAAGUUCUUCCGACGGUGCUGCAAUUUUGCAGGAGCAAGAACAAGUUCACAACCAGGACUACACCCCGGCAGCAGCAAGAUGACAAACUCGCACUGGUCGAGAACAAGGCAAAAAAACACCUGGCAAAGCGUUUGAGACACUAUAACUCGCCGAUGGAUCCCCAACUGCUUUGGGUACAUCUGAAAGACGAAUACAAAUUCCAGCUUGCCGCGCUGUAUGACUCCCAGCCGGUGGUGCUGCAGGAUUUUUUCUUCACGGCCCUAACGUCGUUGAAGGUUGCUGCGGCCCCAGGCGGUCCUGAUGAUCGUCCUGAUUUAAGUUCUUUUCAUUUCCUCGAACAGAUUCGAGAAUUACUUUCGCUGGAGGACUAUGGAUUGUAAAAAUGUCUGGGUCUGGAAGAAUUCAUGUUUGUCAUGCUUGUCUGGCCCGACUCUUAAAUCUGUCACGCACGUUACCCAAGAGCUUCGUUUUUCUGUGAUGCAGAAGCGCAGUCUGUCAUGCAGAAUAGGCAACACCUAGGAGCUCAGAAACUUGCCAUGCUGAGCCAGCAUUUGUAGCCUCAUCAUGAGACGCCACCCAGCAUCACAAGUCCCUAGACCCAGACAUUUUUACAUUUGAUAAGGACGAGAAUAGUUGGACAGUGCAGGCUCAGAUUUUCGACGUGGACUAUUCGAGUGAAGAACCUAUUGCCGAGCAAACAAUUGAGCUUCAAGAUGUAGUUGUACGAGAGGACUUGUUCUCAAUCCAGCAGGACCACGAGCAGAAGUUCAUGCCAGGAAGAGCCAAGAAGAGCAUGCCACUGAAAAAGCUAAAUGAAUCAAAAUCUCGCGACGCUCUCUUACUCCUGUUGCAGAGCCAUGUUGCUUCCUCGACGUUUUUUCCAAACGGUGAUGAGUGGGCUGUGCGGCACGGGGAGAACUCAGACAAAAUCUUCGUCGUGGGUGAGUUUGACAGUGAAUUGACCAUUGACCAGGAAGUUUCGCCGGCCCCACCACGGUAUCAAUUGUAAAAAUGUCUGGGUCUGGAGGCUUGCAACCUGUGAUGCGCAUUUCAGACCACAGGAAAAUCUCUCAUGCAUGGAAAGCAAAAGUUGCCCAUAUCUUGUAACCAAAACAGCCGAUCUGUCAUGCGGAUCAGGCAUUGAGAAGCUGUCGUAAGAUUUGUGAUGCUAGACCCGUAUUCUAGACCAACCUUCUGGGGCAACCAGAACCUGCAUGACAAACUUCUGCACUCUACUUCCAGACCCAGACAUAUUUGCAUUUGAUACACGGGUUCUGAGAAGGGGGGAAUCAAGAGGACGAACAAUACGGCGGAACUUUCAGGUAUGGCGUUCUCAAACGUUACAUUCUCAACUGUUACAUGAUUUGUCAUGCAAAAUGAUCAUCAAGAUCCACACUAUCAAGCUGCUUCGCAUGACAAAUUUGCGAAUGGCUAAACAGCGCCCAAAUCUGUUCGGAAUUUGUAAUGCUACAGAUGCAACCUCCCUCCUUUCACUUUUCCCAUUCUUGCAUGACAAAUCCAUGUAACACUUGAGAAUGUAACAGUUGAGAACGCCAUAUCAGGUUGGCUACGAGUUCCGGGUUGAGGAGUACGUACCGCUUCCAGGGUCGUUUUUCGAUAAACCAGAACGGGAAGAGGAUUUUUAUCAUGGUGAAACACGAAGAACGGUACCACUAAAGGGACCACCACCACCAUCAUCACUACCAGCAUCAUCUUCCCGACAACAUCAAGAACCGGCAAUAUUAAGCAAUCGACUUCGUUUCGAGAACCGCUUGAAAAAGGAGGAGGCCGCGGCCCAAAGCAUCGCCAAUCGGACCAAGUUCGCGGCAAUGCACUUCACACUGACGCUGGUCGACUGGAAGGACCUUGCGAACGCGGGGUUCGACAUUCGGUCCUGGACAAACGCAGAUUUCGAUUUUGACCGUCGUCGUCGUGGAGGUCAUAGUUCCAACGCGAGGUGGGACGAUGAAACAGGUGGCGUUCAUCGUGGUAAAAAAAUUUUCGACGGCUGGACCGUGAUCGGAAGUGACGAAUACGACUAUGAUCAGCGUAGAAGGAAUUUACCGCACGGGCCGAGGUUGUAUUUCCGUCUCGUCUUCAAACCGCCGGCCGGCAACUAGUCGAGCCUCGUUCAUAAUAUUAGCACCUGGGAAGAUCGCAGGAGCAAAUUUUUUGAAGGACGGUGAUCUAGCGAAAGUGAUUAGCAGAUAGUAUCGUGUUCAGAACUUGAAUUUUUACAGAAGAAAAAGCAAGAACUCACUCCUUGUUGUAUUAUCUAUCAUGUUUUGCAGAAAGAACUCACUCGGCGCACGAGCGCCAGCUUGUACAAGUAGCUCUUUCUGCUUCCUGCGGAGAUCUUAGGAAGUCCUGCAGAGAUGUAGUUUUUUUCAAUUUACCAUAUUUUUAACUCUUCUUUUGAACAACUACUAUCUUCAUCUUGCCGCCGAGCGGCAUUCGCUUUCACGAUUAUGCUAUGGCCCUGACGGAAAGGACUAUCAGAGGGAAGUGUGCUGCUGCAGAACAUGCCCGGAGAGGGGCUUCAUCGUGUGCACAGCGUGCAGUAGGCUCGUAGAACUCAUUUAUAAUGAAAUAGCACUAAAGCAGGUAAUAUGCAAGAAGUACUUCAUUUUUGGAUCGAAAAGAUUCCUCUAAAGCCAGCCCUUAGAGAGACUUGACUGAAAAUUAUUCAAGAAACAAGGACAUUCGAACUAAAAAGAUCUAGUCUGACAUGCGAAAUAUCAUGUACAAUGAACGCCUUUUUUUUUGUAUGAUGAAAGAAAGUCUGCCGCGUUUUUUUCGUUUUCGGCAAGACCGAUGCACGUAGUACUACGUACCUCAAAGAAGCGCAGCUGACAAUCUAGGUGAAGCAAGAGCUGCAGAAGCAAAAAAAAAUGUCAUAACAGACCGUGAUAUUCACGAAAGAGUUAUUCUCGUCUAUACCGUCAUUCUCAUUCAUUAAAUUUCAAGUAAUCUUCACGGAGGUUCGCGUUUACCUCGUGAACAACGGAUGACGAAAGAGAUUGUUGACGAACUGCAAUUUUUGCAUUCAGUCAAGAACCAUUAAGCAAUGGCUGUACAAUGCUAUCGUGGUGUGCAAUACAAGAAAU